UUCUGUUCAAUUUCACCAUUUCUGCUUCCAGCGUGAGAGUGGCAAGUUGACCGAGUGAGAAUCAGCUGUGAUAACCGGUAAAGUCUUGUACAGUUACUUUUUAUAAAUCUUUCUACGUAUUUCACCUUUUGGAAACACUCAUCAUAUCAAAGAUGUCUUGCACAGUACCAGCUGCUCCAGCCCCACCAGCACUCAAGGACCUUCCCAAAGUAGCAGGUGACCUCAAGAGUGAAUUAGAAACAUUCAAAUCAUGUAAUCUUAAAAACGCUGAUACACAAGAAAAAGUGGUUCUACCAUCAGCCGAAGAUGUAGCUCAGGAACGUACCCACAAUGCGCUUAUGGACGGAGUGGAAAAUUUUCAAACGUCUACCCUCAAAAGAACAGACACCAAAGAGAAGAUAGUGUUACCUAAUGCACAAGAUGUGGCUGCUGAGAAAACCGAAAAGGCUCUUAUUGAAGGAAUUGAACGUUUUGAUACUAGCAAGUUGAAACAUACUCUGACACAAGAAAAGAAUCCGUUGCCAGACAAAGAAGCUGUACAACAAGAAAAAACACACCAGACACUACUUAAUGGCGUCGAACAUUUCGAUAAGACUACAAUGAAGCAUACAGAAACAGAGGAAAAAGUAGUUCUUCCCGAUAAAGCAGUUAUCGAACAGGAAAAAGGACAAAGAAACCUCAUCUCUGGCAUUGAAAAUUUCGACAACUCCAAACUGAGACACGCAGAAACUUUGGAAAAGAACCCUUUACCAACUAAGGAAAUUAUCGACCAGGAAAAGAGCGCUUAAGAUAAGUUUUAUUCCUGGGGCUCAACUCAAUGCCAAUUUUUGUAUUAUUUUAUACUUUUAUAUAAUAUUUGAUACCUAUUUAUAUUGUAAGAUAACUAUUUAAGGUCAGAUACAGUUUCGAGAAUUUUUAUUAAACAACAAUAAUCACCAACAUUUUUUUAAUAUUACAAAAAAAUACACAUUUACAACAAUCGUGGAUUUUCCCUAAGACAUCAAUGAUCCAAAAUUUUACCGCAGUUUUGUAAAGAAAAUUGUUGUUGUUUUAUAAAUAAUCUAGCUUUUUAUUUCUUUGAUAUUGUAAUCAUUUGUACUUAUUCUGUUUAGACUUUAUAUCACUAGAUCUAGUUUAUAAAAGAAAUUAAUUUUGCAUGAAUUAUGGUGCUUCAAUAAAUCAUCUAAA